GAUUGGCCAUCUCUCUGCCAUCAUUGGAAAACUGAACAAUAUCUUGAGAAGCGGCAGAAAGCCCGAGAAUCAAGGCUACAAUCUGAAAAUGAUGCUCGGAAUAAAGGAGGAUCAAGACCAUUUACUGAAACACAACAAUGGCUGGAGCAUGACUUCGGACCUGAGAAGGCUACUGGAUUAAACACAUUUGCUGUUAUGAAAUCAGGUGCUAAAAAUGUGGAUAGUUCUGGAAGUCAUGGACCAAUUAACAACUCAAAGGCAGAACAAAUUAUGGCUGAUUAUAGUGCAAUUACUGCCUUAGAAACUCAAGAAGAUUUAGGUGGGAAUGAAUUAGAUCCAAAGGCACUUUACACCAUUUACAAUGGCCUGCCACAUGGACGCCUUCCCAUUGGUAAUGGCGCCGUGUCCAAGGCUGCUGUCAUUGCAGCUGGCAAAGAGAGAAUACCUAGGCCAUCUACCUCAUCAUCUAAUCAAAAUUUGCGAAAGCAAAAUUUACAGCUAAUGCAUGAAAAUGCACAACUUCAACGCCGACUACAAUCUAAUUCACGGAUGUUCAAGUUUAUUUUUGAUAAGAUGGGAGUGGAACCAUCAUCUGAGGAAGAUCUAAUGCCACCUAUUAAUGAAGAUCUAAUGUCCCAAUGCAUCAUCAGUUGCGAACUGACUCUUCUCAUGCGGGGUCCAAUCACGAAGCUCAAAUUGAUAGAACCAGUGGCACCAACAUGAACAGUGAGAAGAACCUCAUCUCUGAGCUGAACACCAGGUACGAGGGACAAAUGGGAUGCAACAACACCCCCGCCUAGUUGCAACGCGAUGGCUGACACAACAUAGCAUCUUGCAUUUGGAAGAUACAUCAGUGAAGUGGAGUGUCUUUUGUUUCUCACAACAACACCUCACCUAAUUAUUUUGUGGUAGCAACAUAGAUAAAAUAGGACUUUAAGAUACUUCAUGAUCUUUUGGUCGCAACUCAAGUAUAGGAGGUUGUUGGUACAUGUGAUGAUAUUUUGGUAGGAACUAAGUUAAAGACUGAACACAUUCUUUUGUACACACCUCACUGAUGGUUUGAGGUGUUGUCUCUAAGCAAUGGCUUGAGAUGAAACUAAUUAAUUGUGUUGUUUCGUUCAGUAACUGAAGGUGGUGCUAAUGGAUGAUGCAAUUCAAGUGUGGCUCUAAAAUAUGGGUUUUUUUUAUGGAUGUGAAUGUGGCACUACUUGAAUGAUUUGUGGGUGUAUUAUCAUAAACAUGUGAUUGUUUCACUGAUGGAUGCCUGAUGUGCACAUUGGGUGUACUAUUUUAGUGUUUGGGUGUACAAUUUAUGAAUACAUAGUUAUUUCACAUUUUUG